CAGAUCGAUACAUGUUCCGUCCUCCUAGAGCUGAAAGUAUUUAUCAUUCAAUGCUUUGAUCAUCAAAAAAUCCCUGUAUACGUAUAGGACCGGAUCGUACGAAGUAUAUUCGCCUCCAUUGUUCGAGUGGCCCGCGCUUCCCUACUACCGACACCUAGCUGUCUCCGUCGUCGCUCCGUCCCCUAUGAAACUGUCGAUCUUUUCGGUGUUGGAUUAACAUUGAAAGACCGCGGAGCGAGUUAGUCCCGCCGGUAUGGAUAGGAGGAGUAGCCAUGAGGAGUCCGUUCCUCUCACGCAGCGGUCCAGCUCCCCAGCAUUGCCAGCUUCCGAUUCCGAGUCGUCGUCAGACGAGUCUAUGUUCUUCGACGACAACCGCGAUGCUUCACAGAAGCUGAGAAAGAUAUCGGAGCAUGGGAGAUACCGUGACUUAGAAGAAGGGGAAUCGGGGGUCAAUGCUGCGUUUCUACCCAAUACAGAGCGAAAGGCUACCCCUAGCAAGACACGCCGGAUCUUAUGGGUUCUUGGGAUACUGUGUGUGGGAGGUUGGGUAUUGUCUUUCUUCCUGUUUCUGGGACAGAAGCGGGCAGGCAAUGCUGCGACGGGAUCAGCGGCAGUUGUUUAUGCUGCUGAUUCGGAGUCGACAACAAACUACGGAAAGCCGGUCACACUUGAGCAAGUCUUGACAGGACAGUGGUAUCCGCGGUCACAUGCGAUUUCUUGGAUCGCUGGUCCUGAUGGUGAAGACGGGUUGCUUCUUGAGAGAGGAGGGGGCAAUGAGCAGGAAUACCUUCGCGUCGAAGACGUAAGGUACCGUAACGUCGAAGCGGAGCAUAAACAGACGAGAGUCCUCAUGAACAGUUCAUAUAUACAUGUCAAUGGCGAGACUAUCACUCCCAGCAGGGUGUGGCCGAGUCCCGAUCUGAAGACCGUACUCGUGUUGUCCGACGAGCAGAAGAAUUGGCGCCACUCGUUCACUGGGAGAUACUGGUUGUUUGAUGUCGACACCCAAACUGCUCAGCCGCUGGACCCCAGUGAUCCCGACGCGCGAGUACAACUAGCAUCAUGGUCUCCGCUGUCUGACGCGGUUGUUUUUACCAAGAAGAACAACAUGUACUUGCGUAAACUGCUGUCCAGCAAGGUCGUCCCCAUCACCACAGAUGGUGGGAAGAAUCUGUUUUACGGAGUACCUGAUUGGGUAUAUGAAGAGGAAGUUUUCUCUGGAAAUAGUGUCACUUGGUGGGCAGAGGACGGCAAGUAUAUUGCUUUCCUCCGCACCGACGAGGCUACUGUUCCCGAGUACCCCGUACAGUACUUCAUGUCUAGACCAUCUGGAAAGACCCCGCCUCCAGGACUUGAGAACUACCCCGAAGUUCGGCGUAUCAAAUAUCCCAAGGCCGGCUCCCCUAAUCCCACCGUCAAUCUGCAAUUCUACGAUGUAGAGAAAGGAGAGGUCUUCUCUGUGGAUGUGUCACAGGACUUUCCGGAUGAGGAUCGUCUCAUCAUUGAGGUGUUGUGGACGGCCAACGAAAACGUUCUCGUAAGAGAGACUAAUCGUGAGAGCGACGUCCUGAAAGUCAUCCUCAUAGACACUGCAUCGAGAACCGGCAGCGUUGUUAGGUCUGACGAUAUUGCUAGUCUUGACGGCGGAUGGGUUGAACCGACUCAGUCUACACGAUACAUUCCCGCAGCUCCUGAAAAGGGCCGGACUCAUGAUGGAUAUAUUGACGUGAUUCCUCAUGAAGGAUAUGAUCACUUGGCCUAUUUUACACCGCUUGAUAACCCGACCCCUACCCUACUCACUUCAGGAGAAUGGGAAGUCGUGGGUGGACCCGCUGCGGUUGACCUAGAGAACGACAUUGUUUAUUUUAUUGCGACCAAGGAGGGCCCGACCCAGCGUCACGUCUAUAGUGUCAAACUGGACGGAUCCGAUCUGAAACCAAUAACGAACACAUCUGAGAUAGGAUAUUAUGGUGCCUCGUUUUCCAAAGGUGGUGGCUAUGUAUUGAUGACCUACGCGGGACCUUCUGUUCCGUGGCAGGCCGUGAAGAGUACCCCGAGCAAUAAUAUGUCUUACACGGAAGUGAUAGAGGAAAAUCAGGGAUUGGCCCAGAUGGUCAAGGACCAUGCCCUUCCUGUUGAGGUUUACCAGAAUGUCACGAUCGAUGGCUACACACUACAGGUCGUUGAGCGACGCCCCCCGCACUUCAAUCCAAGGAAGAAAUACCCCGUGCUCUUCCAUCUCUAUGGAGGACCUGGCUCGCAGACUGUUGAUCGCACCUUUGGUGUUGAUUUCCACUCUUAUAUCGCGUCAAGCUUGGGAUAUAUUGUCGUUACCGUUGACGGCCGCGGGACUGGUUUCAUUGGGAGAAAGGCUAGGUGUAUUGUUCGUGACAACCUGGGACAUUAUGAAGCUAGGGAUCAGAUCGAAACAGCUAAGAUCUGGGCUGCGAAAAGCUACGUAGAUGAGACACGUAUGGCAAUCUGGGGUUGGAGCUACGGUGGCUUCAUGACCUUGAAGACUCUUGAGCAAGACGCUGGCAAGACUUUCCAGUAUGGCAUGGCUGUAGCACCAGUAACAGACUGGCGCUUUUAUGACUCUAUUUACACCGAGCGAUAUAUGCAUACUCCCGAGCAUAACCCUUCUGGCUACGACAAUGCGUCCAUUUCUGACGUUUCUGCGUUGCGCCAGACUGUACGAUUUCUCGUAAUUCAUGGCGUUGCCGACGACAAUGUACAUCUACAGAAUUCCCUUUCACUGAUUGACAAGCUUGACCUGGCCGGUGUGGAGAAUUAUGAUGUGCACGUGUACCCUGAUUCCGACCACAGUAUAUACUUCCACAAUGCUCAUAGAAUGGUCUAUGACCGUAAGUGCUUUCCUAUUCAGAGAUAGCAAAGAUUUAAUGCUGACUCGACUAGGUCUUUCUUACUGGCUUGUCAAUGCCUUCAACGGCGAGUGGCACCGGACCUCAAGCCCAAGCCCGGACAGUGAAUUCCGUCGACUUUUGAAGCGUUUCGUAUCCGUCUUUAGAUGAUGUAUGGUUAAAACAGGAAGAGAUACCUUUCCCAAGGGCGUAUUCAUGGAGUUAUACCGCAGUUGAGAUGUUCUGUCGACCUGUACCGUGAUAUUCGACCUUCGUGCUUUUGCCUUCGCAUGGAUAUUUUUAGCAGAUGGAAUUUCGAGGCGUUUUCAGGGGAAGCAUAGCAUUGCAUAUUAUGAAUUGAGACAGUUUUAGAUCAUUGGA